GUUAGAGGCCUGGCCUAUUUCUAUUUCCACUCCUGCUUGGAACAUUGACAUGGGUUUUGACUUGUGAUUCUCCCAUUGCAACUGAAACUGUAACUCACUGUCUUCUUCUUCUUCUUCUCUAUUGCCAUGGCAAGCACACACCUCCUCUCUCACUCUCCUUCCCUAUCCAAACCCUACAUUCACUCCAUCAACCCAAACCCUCUUUCCCAAACCCCAUUUCUACCCUUCAAAUCCACCACCUUCAAACCCCUUGUUCUCAGAGCAGUUCUCUCUCCAAACACGCCCAAAACCGCCGUACAAGACUCCAACAAAGCAGCUCAUUUCAACCACUGUUUCACCAAAUCCGAAGAUGGGUAUCUCUGUUGUGAAGGCAACAAGGUGCAGGACAUCAUGGAAGCUGUUGACAAACGACCUUUCUAUCUCUACAGUAAGCCCCAGAUUACCAGAAAUGUUGAAGCUUAUAGGGAUGCAUUGGAAGGAUUGACAUCGAUAAUCGGUUACGCUAUCAAGGCUAACAAUAAUUUGAAGAUUCUGGAGCAUUUGAGAAGCUUAGGUUGUGGUGCUGUGCUUGUUAGUGGGAAUGAGCUCAGAUUGGCUCUUCGUGCUGGGUUUGAUCCUACAAGGUGUAUCUUUAAUGGGAAUGGGAAAAUCUUGGAGGAUUUGGUCUUGGCUGCACAAGCAGGUGUGUUUAUCAACAUUGAUAGUGAAUUUGACUUGGAGCACAUUGUUGAGGCUGCAAGGAUUGCUCGGAAGAGGGUGAAUGUUUUGCUUCGGAUUAAUCCUGAUGUUGAUCCACAGGUCCAUCCUUAUGUUGCCACUGGGAAUAAGAACUCCAAAUUUGGCAUUAGAAAUGAGAAGCUGCAGUGGUUUUUAGAUUCUGUGAAGGCACAUCCUAAUGAACUAAAGCUUGUAGGGGCUCACUGUCAUCUUGGAUCGACAAUUACCAAGGUAGACAUUUUCAGGGAUGCAGCCAAUAUUAUGGUCAGCUACAUUGACGAAAUCCGAGCUCAGGGUUUUGAAGUGGAUUAUUUAAAUAUUGGUGGUGGACUUGGAAUAGAUUAUUAUCAUACUGGUGCUGUUCUUCCUACACCCAGAGAUCUAAUUGAUACCGUAAGGGAGCUUGUUCUUUCUCGUAAUCUCAAUCUCAUCAUUGAGCCAGGGAGAUCACUCAUAGCAAACACCUGUUGCUUAGUUAACCGGGUGACUGGUGUCAAAACUAAUGGAUCUAAAAACUUCAUUGUAAUUGAUGGAAGUAUGGCUGAACUUAUCCGCCCAAGUCUUUACGAUGCUUACCAGCACAUAGAGCUGGUUUCCCCUGCUCCAGAAAAUGCUGAGACAGCAACUUUUGAUGUAGUUGGCCCUGUCUGUGAGUCUGCAGAUUUCUUAGGAAAAGAAAGAGAACUUCAAACUCCGGCCCAGGGUACUGGUCUGGUUGUUCAUGAUGCUGGUGCUUAUUGCAUGAGCAUGGCAUCAACUUACAAUCUGAAGAUGCGUCCUCCUGAGUAUUGGGUUGAAGAUGAUGGAUCCGUGAGCAAAAUCCGACACGGAGAGACAUUUGAAGACCACAUUCGGUUCUUUGAGGGCCUUUGAGCUGACAAUUUACCUUGUAAGAAAAGAGGCUUGAGAUUUGUUGUAUUUGGGGUUUGGAUCUCUCCUUGCCAAAGAAAGCACCAAUAUUUUAGUUUUGUUUCUUUGACUCUCAUUAAAUGUCGACACUAUUGAAUGGGAAAGAAGAAUAAAAAUGACUUCACAGUCAUUUAAUUUCCUCCCACCAGUUUCAUUUUAGUCAUAGUGCUGAGUAUACCUGCAGCUGUUGCUCAAAAUGUGGAGGUGAAGGUUAUCCAUGCUGAUGGCAUAUGUUUGAUAAUCUUACUUUGUGGUGUGUCAUUUUUCA